AAAAAAAAAAAAAAUUUAAAAAACCCAAGGCAGUUUCUUUUUCCCUCUCCUUUUAAAAACUGCAACACACCACAUCGGCACGCGCGCGGCAUGCUCGCGUGAACAGGACAACGGCGGCGGCAGCGGCGGCGGCGGAGGCGCGCGGCGCGAGGAGGAUGAGCGGGCGCGUGCUCAGCGGGAAAACGCUGCAGCUGCCGGCGCAGCGGCCGGGAAGGACAAUGCACCUUCCCUCGAGUUGGGAUGAGAGCAGCUCCAUCAGCAGUGGCCUCAGCGAUGCCUCGGACAACCUCAGCUCCGAGGAGUUCAAUGCCAGCUCAUCCCUCAACUCUCUGCCCACCACGCCUGUUGGCUCCCGACGCAACUCUGCCGUUGUGCUGCGCACGGAUGCGGAGAAACGCUCCCUGGUGGAGAGCGGCCUGUCAUGGUACAGCGAGGACGGCAAGGCACACCGCAAGGCCGAGGGUGGCAGCUAUGACACGGGUAGCCUCAAGACGGAGUCCUCGGGCAAGUGGAGGAAGUCCCGCCCCCCAGAGAGCAGCGGUGCUGGCAGUGAGGAGGCCGAGGGCAAGGGAGAACUGAAGAAACCACAGAGCCUGGGCCACUCGAGUGCUCUCAAAAAGGGUCGGAACCCACCUGUUGGGGUCACCUCCCCCAUCACACACACUUCUCAGAGCCUUCUCAAAGUGGCAGCUCCCAAGAGUGACCAGAAAGCCUUGGAUAAGUCUAAGUUGGCAGUGAAGACCUCUGGUUUGCAGCGCUCCUGCUCGGAUGCAGGGAAGGAUCGGGGAGAACACCGGAAGCCACCCUCUGGCAUUGCCCGCCCUGCUGCCGGAGGUUCUUUUGGUUAUAAAAAGACACCCGCAGCCACUGGCACAGCCACAGUGAUGACAGCAGGGGGAGCCACCAUUUCUAGCGGAUCAGCCACUGUGGGAAAAACACCCCGGUCCUCUGGCAUCCCUGUGAAGCCUGGAGGAGGAAGUGGAGGCGGAGGGGGUCGCAAGACAAGUCUUGAUGUAUCCAACUGUGACCAGGGCUUUCUCUCACCCAAUGCCCGCACCAAUAUCCAGUAUCGCAGCCUGCCUCGACCCGCCAAGUCCAGUGCCAUGAGCCUGACUGGCCGGCCGAGCCCUCGGCCCGUGAGCAGCAGCAUUGAUGCCAGCCUGCUCAGCCUCAAGCCUGUGCCCACCUCAGUCUCUGCUGGGGGCGGCCUGGGUUCAGGCUCCCGGCUCAAGGAGCCAAGCAGCAAGGUGGCCAGCCGUGCCAGCCCCGGUCCUGGACCUGUUAACCAGACGGAUCGUGAGAAGGAGAAGGCCAAGGCCAAGGCUGUUGCUUCGGACUCGGAGUGCAGCCAAAUGAAGCCCUUGCAGGUGCCCACUGAGUCUACCUCCCAAGUGUCAGCCCCUCGACAGUCAAUGGGGGGCAAACUCUCUGACCUGUCUUCUCCCACUACGCACAGAGCGCCCAUCAGCAAGUCUCUGGGGAAGCCGCCCAGCCUGGCCCAUUUGGAUAGCCUAAACUCAAACAGCCUGGACUCCGGAGUAGGUGUCCAGGAACAGCUCCCGCCCAAGGUCCCCCCGUACACUAAGCUGCAGGACCUGGCAGCAUCUGGUGGUACAGGAACCCCUUGCCUAACACCCAGUCCAGCGCCUGUGCUCAACGUCAACUCCCCAGACUGCUUUGGGGAUUCUUCACCCCUGCUCUACCCGCGCCUAUCGGGCCUUCACCGGAGCAUGGAGUCAUUGCAACUUCAUAUGAGUGUUCCUCCACCUACAAGCUACACUGGAACUACACCCCGGGAAGAUGAGAGGGGCACAGAUCGGUGGUCUGCCAGCAGCAGAGCCUCCAUCACACAUCCAGAAAGCUCCCAAAGGGACAGGAACACUCUACCCAAGAAGGGAUUAAGCCGCCCAUCAGAGGAUGAGGGCAAGGAGCGGCGCCACUCGCACACCAUCGUGAGCCUGACUGAGUCCGAGAGCCCCCCGCAGCUACCCUCACCCACCUCGGUCCCCCUGUCCUCUGCUGGGAAGGGCCCCUUCACCAGUGUGGUGGCCCCCACGCCCAGUAAUGGCAGUACCCCACGCAUGACCCGCUCCAACAGCAUCCCAGCCCAUGACGGCUCCUUUGAACUAUAUGCCGCCUCCCCACUUGGCAGCACGCUGUCACUAGCAGACCGGCCAAAGAGCAUGGUUCGCUCCGGAUCGUUCCGCGAGCCCGGGGAUGAUGUGCAUGGCUCUGUUCUCUCACUGGCAUCCAGUGCUUCAUCCAGCUAUUCCUCGGCAGAAGAGAGGAUUCAGGGUGAGCAAAUACGCAAGCUGAGAAGGGAGCUCGAGUCGUCCCAGGAGAAGGUGGCCAACCUCACCACUCAGCUGUCUGCCAACGCAAACUUGGUGGCUGCCUUUGAACAGAGCCUUACCCUCAUGACCACCCGCCUGCAGACACUGUCUGCCAGUGCUGAGCAAAAGGACUCGGAGCUCAUAGAGCUGCGCGAGACCAUUGAGGUGCUGAAAGCCAAGAAUGUCGAGGCCCAAGCCGUCAUCCACGGGGCGCUCAGCAACCCCGACAUUGCUCCCAAAGAGCUGCGUAUCAAACGGCAGAACUCCUCUGAGAGCAUCUCCAGCCUGAACAGCAUCACUAGCCACUCCAGCAUUGGCAGCUGCAAAGAUGCUGAUGCCAAGAAGAAAAAGAAGAAGAGCUGGUUGAGGAGCUCAUUCAACAAGGCCUUCAGCAUUAAGAAGGGUCCCAAGUCCACCACCUCGUACUCAGACAUCGAGGAGAUCGCAACCCCUGACUCCUCAGCCCCCUCUUCCCCCAAACUCUCCCAUGAUGGAGGGGAUGCCCCACCCACUUCCCUCAAGUCCUCUACCUCUGCCUCCUCUUCCAUAAUUCCUGAAGGGACAGAGGAGCCGGAAAGCGAAGAAAAGGUUGUGUCAGAGCUGCGUUCAGAGCUCUGGGAGAAAGAGAUGAAGCUAACAGACAUCCGCCUGGAAGCCCUGAACUCCGCUCACCAGCUGGAGCAGCUACGGGAAGCCAUGAAUAAUAUGCAGAUGACUGUUGAGAAUUUGAAGGCUGAGAAUGACCAGCUGAAGACUGGCACGGGCCCUACUCUUAAUUCGGGCCCUCUCAACUCGACUUCCCAGCCUUCAGGCCUGACAUUGCUGUUGUCUUCAUCGCCACGGCAAUCCCUGACCAUGUCACUCACUAAAUCUUUCAGCCUGAGCCUCAAUGAGUGCAGUGGUCCAGAGGCCCCUCUGAUGGAUUCAUUGAACCUUUCCUUGCAGAAGGAUGAAUUCCACAUCAGGGUGCUGGUUCGUGUGCCUGACCAACAAGUCUUCAGAGAUGAGGUAAAGCAGCAGGACUUCUUCAUAGGCUUGGUCAAGGUCAACAGCAAAACAGACUGGGCUGUGCUGGAUGCAGCCAUCAGCCAGGCCUUCAAGGAGUACAUCAACAAAGUGGAUCUCGCCUCAAGUUUGGGCUUGUCCACGGAAUCCAUCUACAGCUACCAAAUAAAUCACAGCAAAAGGGUGCUGGGGACAGAGCCGCCUGAAAUGACACCUUCUCACUGUGUGGCUAAGGGUUCUUGCAGCAUCCUGAUUUCACUGAAAGGACUGAAAGAGAAGUGUGUGGACAGUCUGGUGUUCGAAACACUGAUCCCUAAGCCCAUGAUGCAACACUACAUCAGCCUCCUCCUCAAGCACCGGCGCCUCAUCCUGUCAGGCCCAAGUGGCACUGGGAAGACCUACCUCACCUCCAGGCUUGCGGAGUACCUGGUGGAACGUAGCGGCCGUGAGGCCACUGAGGGCAUCGCUGUAACUUACAACAUGCACCGACAGUCCUGCAAGGAUCUCCAGCUGUAUCUUUCCAAUCUGGCAAAUCAGAUUGACCUGGAAAGCACAGGAGAUAUUCCACUGGUUGUUAUCCUUGAUGAUCUUAGUGACGCUGCAGCUAUUAGCGAGUUGGUUAACAGUGCCCUGACCUGCAAGUAUCACAAAUGCCCAUACGUUAUUGGAACAACUAACCAACCAACAGUGAAGAUGACUUCCAACCAUGGCUUGCAUCUCAGCUUCAGGAUGGUGACAUUCUCCAACAAUGUGGAGCCGGCCAACGGCUUCCUUGUGCGCUACCUGCACCGGAAGCUAGUUGAAGCAGAGAACGAGAGUAGCUUGGACAACGAGGACCUUCUGCGGGUGCUGGACUGGGUGCCAAAGCUCUGGUAUCACCUCCACACAUUCCUGGAGAAGCAAAGUACCUCCGACUUCCUUAUUGGGCCUUGCUUUUUCUUGUCCUGCCCUGUAACUGUGGAUGAGUUCCGUUCCUGGUUCAUAGAUUUAUGGAACCACUCAAUCAUCCCCUAUCUACAAGAGGGAGCCAAGGAUGGCAUCAAGGUUCACGGUCAGAAGGCUGCAUGGGAGGAUCCUGUUGAGUGGGUGAGGGACACGUUGCCCUGGCCUUCAGCGCAGCAAGACCAGGCCAAACUGUUCCACCUACCUCCACCAAGCAUGGGUCCUGGGGGCAUGGCCCAACCCAGUGAGGACAGGACAGUAAAGGAGAAUCCAGCCAGCUGCAUUGAGUCAGACCCAUUGAUGGCAAUGCUGCUGAAGCUGCAGGAAGCUGCCAAUUACAUUGAAUCUCCUGACCAGGAAACACCGGUGGACCCCAAUAUGCAGUCCACGCUUUGAGAAGCUUCUGAAAGUUAAACACUGAACAUUUUGGAUGGCUUGUGCUGUUACUUCGGGAUCCAUGUGUUGGGUCUGUCGGCAUCAAGAGUUUAUUUUUAGUUUUGCAGAAACAAAGUAACUCUGAUAGUUAUACAUCUACCAGACCUCCAAUAUACUUCUCUUGAAAACUACAUCUA